AUGGCUACAAAUGAUCUUGAAGGACAAAAUGCUGCACUGAGAUUUUGUCGAAGUGUUUAUGAAUUUGCUCGAUUGCGACGAAUGCUGUCAGAUGAAGUUUGGACAAAUAAAGAAGAAGAAGAUGGUUUCAAAGAGCAGUUUGAACCAGGAAUUAUAGCAUUUGCCGCCGAGUUGAGAGGUAUUACUUCUGUUCCACGUGCUGCCAACUUAUACACUGUAAAAUUAUAUCUUUCUGCUUUUGAAUUUAUCCGGACCGAUCUGAUGCAGUUAUAUGAGAAAAUGCAAGGAGCCAAUCCGACUACUGAGCUUCAAAAAGCAAUGAGCACAAUUGAAUUGCAACAGUUCUUUCUCACACGCUCUAUGGAUCAUUGGGAAUUUGACAACGACUAUUACCAUCCUAAUAAUUGGGAAUUGCCCUGUUUGGAAGGUAUACCAAAAGAACACAAGUGGUGGAAUAAAGAAUUAGGCAUCACAAACAAUAAUGAAAGUGACCAUGCUUCUGAUUUUGAUUGGACUGAAUGA